UUAUUGACCUAUGGCAGAACGGCUCAGUGCAGAACGUAUGGUAUUUUGUUAAUGGUUCGAUAAAACAAGAGAAUGACGACGAUGACGGCGAUGGUGAAUAUAUUGGGGACCCAGACGACCAUGCCAUUAUAGAGCGACCUUGUGAGAUUUACGACAUCUAUUGCAUCCGCAAGUACUUCGCCAACCACGCUAAGUGCACCAUCCGUAAUGGACCUCUCCCUGAUCCUGAUUACCGAACUCAAACGAAUUACUAUAUUCCUAGAGCGAAUGCUUCUCAGAUAUUAACUGAAAUCAAAAUAACUGGUUUCAACCAAACAAGAGUUGAAGAAUUUUACAUAAACAAGAAGACAAAUAAAUUGAUAAUAGCCCUUAAUUUUAGAAACAUAUUGCUUGACAUUCCAAGCACGUACGCUAAAUUCUACCGUCGAGGCAGAGAGCCUAUUGUGACCUUCGUGACACGUGCUUACGUUGAAAUAUUUUUCACGAUUACUAUAAUAAUCCCAAAUGCUGACGACCUGCAACUGGACAAAGCGGAGAUGACGGCAUUUAUCGACGCAGCUGCGUUCCUCACCUCACCAACGGUAUUCAUACCGCCAGAUGUCCAAGAGGUCCAGAGUUUUGUGUCUGUUCUCGCCAACUUUCCGGCUAUAUCAAAUGAAAUAGCCAUGUCUGAGUCCUACUAUUACGGCUCGACUUACAUUCAGUCCAAUAUUUGUGAUUUUGGAUUAAAGGUUUUUUAAAAACUGUGAUAAGUUUUGCCUUGCAGUUCAUCAAAGAUAAAUAAAGAAUGUU